CACCCAGGUGCCCUGAGGCAUAGUUGUAAAAAAUCCCCUCAACAGACAUCUCCCGGGAAUUUGGUUGUCAUGAUCAGCUUGCACAUCCCCCUGCCCCACACACACUUCCCAGGGCAAAAGUACUGGUUAGCUCAAUUCUUAAACACCCACUUGGGAAUUUGGCUCACUCUGCCUAUUUUGGGCAUCUUUCUCCUCAUCAUUUACAAAAGACCAGGUCUUGUAAGGAGAAGGAGGGAUGAGGUGUCUGGGGAACAAGAGCACUCUUCUGAAUGAGGGAAUCCAUCACCUAGGUCUUAUUUAAGGAACACAUGAUCCCAGGCAACCACUACCAGAUCAGCCUUCCCACAUGAGACCUACUCCUCCCAUGGUCCCUUCCACACCCUGUCAGGUCCCGGAUGAGGCAGUGUGUGAGGCAGAGGUCUGUGACCAUCUCCUAUCCUCUUCGCUCCCACUUCCUCCUCUCUGCAGGCCCCCAGCUGGGCUGGAUGCAGAGUCUUGCAGAUUCACCCUUGACCUUGGAGCAAAGGAAUUCGGCUUGUGUUACCACGUGCCGGGAAAUGGAAGGAUGCUGAGCUGGAUCAAACAACCGGCUCUUAUUCCUUCUUACUCCACCCCAAGGGUCUGAGCAAGGUGCAGAAGACAACAGGCAGUUGAGCUGGCCUGUGUAUCUUUACCAGCCUGUGGGAGAUCAUAACAUCUCCUUACCCACAUGUGUUGGGAUAUCUCAGUUCCUCAGCCACUUGAUUCUUACCUCCUUUCCCUUUUCCUCUGCUUACUGUCCGGCCACCUGGAGCUCCAGCGGGCUGACUUGGAUUCAAGGGCAGGAGUGGGCCUGGGGUGUGGGGAUUGGGGCAGCUGGAGAGGGGUGGGUGUGGCUCCAGGUUCCCACCCCGGGUCUGAUCGCACCGGCUCCAUCACAGUGAGGUCGCCCACCGGCGACGGAGAUGCGUUGUGUGUUACAGAAGAGGAGCUGGCUGGUGACAACGAGGACAUGCCGACCUUCCCAUGCACACCAGAGGACCGGCCGGGGCCCCGCUGCAGCCGCUGCCAGAAGAACCUGUCUUUGCACACAUCGGUGCGGAUUCUUUACCUCUUCCUGGCCCUGCUCCUAGUGGCCGUGGCCGUGCUGGCCUCCCUGGUUUUCAGGAAAGUGGACUCUCUCUCAGAAGACAUCUCCCUGGCCCAGGCCAUUUAUGACAAGAAGCUUAUGUCUAUGCAGGAAAAUCUCCAAGGACUGGAUCUGAAAGCCCCAAACAACUGUUCCUUCUGCCACGAGGCUGGGCAGCUGGAGCAAGAGAUCAGAAAACUGCAGGAGGAGCUGGAGGGAAUUCAGAAGAUGCUUCUGGCCCAGGAGGUGCAGCUGGACCAGACCUCUCAGACCCACGAGCUGCUCUCCACCACCAGCAGUCAGAUCUCCCAGGAGAUGGGCAGUUGUUCAUUCUCCAUCCACCAGGUCAACCAGUCUCUGGGGCUCUUUCUUGCCCAGGUGAGAGGCUGGCAGGCCACCACGGCUGGCCUGGACCUCUCUCUGAAGGACCUCACCCAGGACUGCUAUGAUGUCAAGGCUACAGUCCACCAGAUCAACUUCACCGUGGGGCAGACUUCGGAGUGGAUCCACGGGAUCCGGCGGAAGACUGACGAGGAGACCCUGACCCUCCAGAAGAUUGUCACCGACUGGCAAAACUACACCCGGCUCUUCAGCAGCCUGCGCACCACCUCAGCCAAGACCGGAGAAGCAGUCAAGAACAUCCAGGCCACCCUGGGGGUCUCCUCCCAGCGCAUCAGCCAGAAUGCCGAGAGCAUGCACGACUUGGUGCUGCAGGUCAUGGGCCUGCAGCUGCAGCUGGAUAACAUCUCGUCCUUCCUGGACGACCACGAAGAGAACAUGCAUGAUCUGCAAUACCACACCCACUAUGCCCAGAACCGCACGGUGGAGAGGUUCGAGACGCUAGAAGGACGCAUGACUUCGCAUGAGAUCGAGAUCGGCACCAUCUUCACCAACAUCAAUGCCACCGACAACCACGUGCACAGCAUGCUGAAGUACCUGGACGAUGUGCGGCUCUCCUGCACGCUGGGCUUCCACACCCACGCUGAGGAGCUCUACUACCUGAACAAGUCCGUCUCCCUCAUGCUGGGCACCACAGACCUGCUCCGGGAGCACUUCAGCCUGCUCAGUGCGCGGCUGGACUUCAACGUCCGAAACCUCUCCAUGAUCAUGGAGGAGAUGAAGGCUGUGGACACGCAGCAUGGAGAAAUCCUUCGCAACGUCACCAUCCUAAGAGGUGCCCCUGGCCCUCCAGGACCAAGAGGACUCAAAGGAGACAUGGGCACGAAGGGGCCCGUUGGCAGCAGAGGACCAAAAGGAGACCCUGGUAGCUUCGGCCCCCCGGGACCCCAGGGGCCUCAGGGGCAGCCUGGAGACAGAGGACCUAUGGGAGAAAGGGGGCCGGUUGGCCUUCGAGGUUUCCCAGGCCUCAAAGGCUCAAAGGGAAGCUUUGGAAGUGGAGGCCCAAGAGGACAGCCAGGCCCCAAGGGGGAUGUGGGGCCCCCAGGGCCAGAGGGGCCCCCAGGGUCUCCAGGACCCUCAGGGCCUCAGGGAAAACCAGGGAUUGCUGGGAAGACAGGGUCCCCGGGCCAGCGGGGGCCCAUGGGGCUUAAGGGUGAACCAGGGAUCCAGGGGCCCCCUGGAGUCCCAGGGCCCCCAGGCCCACCAGGAAGCCAGAGGCACUGCUAAGGGCCCCAGUCCCAGACACUGCUACACAGGAUGGCAGGAAGGGCCUCAGGGCAGAGCGAGCCCCCCAGAAAGCCACACCUACAGACAGUUGUGGUCCUUUGAUCCCAAAGGGGCCUCCCCCCGGCCCGUCCCUGCACCUCCGGGCUCCCCAGUACUGACUGUACCAUAGAAAGCAGCCCCUCACACACACGCGCGCGCACACACACGUACACGCACACAACGUUUCUCUGCUGCCCAGCGGGGCCAACCAGGCUUCCCUGGCUGGGCAGGAGGAGAGGGCAGGGGGAGAUGCCCCCUCUCCUGUGACUGAGCCUGCCAGGGAGGUGGCUACCUUGGGAGGAAGGUCUUGAAUCUAUUUCCGAAUUCCCGACCAACUCAGCUUUCCAGCAUCUUCAGAACCAACCUGGCCAGCAGUUCCCUGUGGCUCCCAGCGCUUGAGAAGACCCAGGAAAACCUUUGCAGGGGAUGUGGUUCAAACUCGAGGGACAAGGGGGAUUUGGCGACCAAAACAUUCUCCUCCUAACCUUGGGAAUGGAGUCCCGGGAGCUGCCCCUGCCUCAUCCGGGCCAGAGGGACUCCACCUGUGCCGCUGUCCCCAGGCUCUGCGCACCGUGCUCCCAUGAGUUCAGCAAUUUUGUCAUGUCUCCCGAAAAUUCCUCACUUCAUCCUUGCCUCCUUCUCCCAGGAGCAUCCUAGAAGAAAUCCAAGGAGGAGUCUCAUCUGCAUGGGAAGGCUAUCUAGGCCCUGGAACAUUCUCCCAGAGUGGUGCCCAGCAGCUGGGACGCUGGAGGAAGGGGGGGUGGGGGGACAGCAGCAAGUGUGAAGAGGCCGGGGUCAGCGGGCUGUCUGUGGAGUUGGCUCCCUUGCUCUGCACCAGGCCAGCCUGCUCCACUCCUGGGACGGGCCCCUCUGCGGCGGCUGAUGGAGGCCAAGCCGGGUAACAACAGCUCUCCCCUCCUGCACCCAGCUCUCCUGCCCACAGGUGCCCGCUCACCUCACCCUACCAUGACUCAGAAUGGCCCGAGGCCUCUCUGCAUGGGCAGCAAGACUGGACGUGAGGACAGAAGGGCCUGAAUGUGCACAAGAGGCUCACUUUGACAUCACCCCUGACCACCUCCAGCUUCCUGCGCGCACGGGCACAAAGGAGCCCUGGGAAGCUCCCCUGGCAAGGUGAAGGCAGCCCACAGGCUAAACUGGUUGUGGAGCUGCCCUCCUUUGUGUUCAACAGAUUCCGACCACUCCUGGGCCGGGGCAUGGAGCUGUCUCCUCCCCGGCCCGACUCAGACACCAGCCCCUUUCCGCCUUCCGAAAGCCUUCAUGCCACCUCCCUUCUCGUAAUCGGCGUGCAACUGGUUUGCACUCCCGCCCGCCCCCACUGCCGUGUAAUCCUGUCUACAUAUGAUAUCAUGCGACGUAGUAUUACUGACUCAGUAAAGAGCUCUUUCCAGGAGG